UCUAUGUAAGGUCAUGUGACCGUAUGACAGUACCUUAGGGACGUACUCAUACUUGUUGUACGUGUACGGGGCGGUGCACCUCAGUGGACCACCUGACGUUGUCAUCAUAUCAUUCAUGUGCCCCUCGCCCUCUUCGGUCCCAUGUGCUCGACCCCGCCAUCGUCUCCGCGCCGUCACUUCCAACCCCCUUCUCGGCUCCCCGUUCCGCUCUCAACAAAAAAAAAAAAGUGCCUGUCCUUAUUAUUCUCCCCAAAACAACCCCCCUCUCCAUCCGUACUAUAUACUUUUUUGUCUUCGUUCAACCUAUUUUCCUUCCAUCUGAUUGUCUAUACCCACCCACCAAACCCAUCUAUCACAAUGUCUGCCCCCCAGAGCGAUGCCUUUAAGCAGGCUGUCAUCGACAGCAAGAAGCUCACUGCCAAGCCGAGCAACGAUGAGCUCCUCGAGCUCUAUGCUCUCUACAAGGUCUCCACCGGCGAGGACAUCACCCAGGCUCCCUCCCCCGGCAUGUUCGAUCUGAAGGGCAAGGCCAAGAAGAACGCGUGGCAGAAGGUCGUCGACGAGGGCACCACCCCCGAGCAGGCCCAGGAGAAGUAUGUUGCCCUCGUCAACAGGCUCAAGGAGGCCUACGGCUAUGACGCCAACAAGGAGCCGGAGGCUGUUGGUGCGUAAGCUGGCGAGCGAGCAUGGGGGAUAAAGCUAUGGUAUUACCGGCAAAUCCGCACUGGCAAUACCACGUCCGCUUGGAUCGGUUGAUGCAUAUAUCUAUACAUUCCAAGUAUCUAGAACGGAAGCGUCAUGGCUGCUUGCUUUUCCGCAACACCGCCGCCCAUCAAGCAUAUUAAGCGUUUCAGCCAACACCUAUGCCGUGCUUUCCCUAGCGCUCUGUUCUUGGAUAGGCUACUGUUCAAUGUUCCAAGCAAGCCCUUUCCAAUCC